AUGUCGGCAACCUCAGCCCCCCUUCUGCGGCCGCCCAUCACAGCCCCUACACUCGCAAGCCGUCCGAAUUCUGGGGCUCGGUCUCCCAUGCUUUCAUUAUCAAUUCCACAGUCAACGGCUCCUCCAUCGGCCUCCCCAGUUCCCCAAAUUUUACCCACUCCACCUAGGGGUCCUCCAAAACUAAGACUAACCACGACACCCAAACCGGAGAUGCCAAAGCUCCAGAUCGCGACUCCAGAAGGCACAUCUAGCGCCCCUUCCUCGCAGGCCUCUAACCGCAGACCUCGUCUCCCGCCGUUGAAGCCUGUCCCAGGCAGUUCAUCUGACCUUGGUGGAAGCCGCAGUGGAUCAUCUUCUUUGACAGCCAAUAGUUAUAUCACGCAUGAAAGGUCGCCAGGAGGUAGCCUCUACGGUUUUACGAAUGGUUCCCCUGAUGGUGUUUCGGCAAAUACUUCCCAUUCUAAGGAGGAGGAAGAUGCGAAAAGGGCAACGAUGGACGUAGAAGAACUAGACGAUGAAGGCUGGAGAUUCGCUAGCCGAGAUGGGAGGAUUCAAGAGUUAAGUAGUCUGGGCGAAGGCGCUGGGGGCGCUGUCACGAAAUGCAAGCUCAAAGGAGGGAAAACAAUGUUUGCUCUUAAGAUAAUAACAACAGAUCCAAACCCAGCGAUAAAACGGCAAAUAUUGAGAGAACUAGAAUUUAACCGAGGCUGUAGUUCGCAAUAUAUUUGCCAAUAUUACGGGGCUUUCUUUGACGAAACAUCUGCCACCAUUUCUAUCGCUAUGGAAUUCUGUGAGGGUGGGUCGCUAGAUGCGAUCUAUCGAGAAAUAAAGCGUCUCGGGGGUAGGACCGGAGAAAAAGUUCUAGGGAAAAUCGCCGAGGGUGUUUUGGAAGGCUUAACAUACCUCCAUUCCAAAAAAAUCAUUCAUAGAGAUAUCAAACCCUCGAAUAUCCUUGUUUCGAGAAAUGGCCUUGUCAAAUUAUGCGACUUCGGAGUUUCUGGUGAACUUCUAGGUUCCAAAGGGGAUGCAGAUACUUUCAUUGGAACGUCUUAUUAUAUGGCGCCGGAGCGUAUCCAAGGGAUGUCAUAUACAAUCACUUCUGACGUCUGGUCUCUGGGAGUCACACUGCUUGAGGUUGCACAGCACAGAUUUCCAUUCCCGGCAGAUGGGAGUGGUGAUCGACAGCCCCAAGCUGGUCUGAUAGAUCUCCUCACAUACAUUGUACGCCAGCCAAUACCCGUCCUUAAGGAUGAACCCGACAAAGGAGUGAAGUGGAGCGACGCCUUCAAAUAUUUUAUUCAAUGCUGUCUCGAAAAGGAUACAGCCAGGAGAGCUAGUCCAUGGAGGAUGCUAGAACAUCCUUGGAUUGUUGACAUGCAAAAAAAGAAGGUCAACAUGCAUAAAUUUUUGGCCCAGGUCUGGGACUGGAAAGAUUAA